AUGGCAAUUGUUGGUAAGAUGGGUAUGUUUAUGAUGAUGAUGUUGGUGGUGGGCAUAACUAUUGUUGUUGCUGACCCCGAUGCACUUCAAGAUGUUUGCGUCGCCGAUUUCAACUCUAACACAUUGAUUAAAAUUACUAUUUUCAAUAAUUUGUUUAAUACUCGUUAUAAUACAUUAUUACAAACAAAUUCAGCUGUGAAGGUGAACGGAUUUGUGUGUAAGGCUGCAUUCAACGCAACUGAUUUCUUUUCCGACGUUUUGGCCAAGCCCGGGCUCACAAACAACACGAAUGGUGCGGUUGUAACCCUAGCAAACGUUAUGAAAAUACCGGGACUCAACACCCUCGGAGUCUCUCUUGCCCGUAUCGAUUAUGCCCCCGGAGGCAUAAACCCUCCUCAUACUCACCCUAGGGCUACCGAAAUUGUGUAUGUUCUCGAGGGAGAGCUCUAUGUCGGAUUUAUCACGACCGCUAAUGUUUUGGUAUCAACUACGAUAAAGCAAGGUGAAGUUUUUGUUUUCCCGAAAGGGUUGGUCCAUUUUCAGAUUAACAACGGUUAUGUUCCCGCGGCCGUGAUCGCUGGCUUUAAUAGCCAGCUUCAAGGGACCGUUACGAUCGCUACGACCCUUUUCGGUGCGACUCCUCCUGUGCCGGAUAAUGUUCUGGAAAAGGGUUUUCAGAUUGAUACUGCUGAUGUUGUGAAGAUUAAGGCCAAAUUUGCACCCAAACCCUAGAAAGAUAUAUUGUGGCUUUAGUUCUUCUUUUGAAUUUCAAUAAUGUUUGUU